GGAUCAUGGCGCCUCUGCACCCCCUCCCUCGUAUGACAGAUAUCCACAAUUGUUCCUGUAAAUUCUAAACCUUGAGACAGUAAGACCAUCUUUUUUAAAUAUAUAUAUGAUUGAUAUCUGUGAAAUCUGAAAGUACAAAGUCAAUCAAUCAAUCAAGUAUUUCAAUUCAAAGUGCCACUUUAGGUUUUAUAGGAAUUUACAUUUUACAACGUAACAUGAAGUGACCCUUUUGCCGUCAGGUUCCUCUCUGUAAGGGGAAAAAUUCAAUGACGACCUUAAACUCCUUUAAACCUGAAGGUUGAAUUAGGUUUUUAGUCUUAACCAUUAACUUAUAAAAGAAGGUCAUAUAAUUGCCGAACAGUCGUCUUGGCAUUCUCAUUUUUUGUGGGUAACCCUGUAUGAUAAGCAAUUUCCAAUUAAAAAACACGAGGAGAUAUUUGUUAAUACAAACUAAUGUUUAAUCAGUGAUGGUAUUUUUUGAAUAAAGGGUCACUUGGUCAAAUGUUGAUAAGUCUUUUCAGGAACAGCACUUAUCUAUUGUGAUCACAUUUGCUCAAUUAUGUACAAAAAAUUAGAACAUUUUUAAUUAUAUUUUUAUUUUUUAACACAAAUUUGCACACUUUAUGCACGAAGUAUGUUAAUCGUUCUGGUUUUCGAGAUAAAGUCUGAAAUCUAGUCUUUUCAGAAAAAUGCGGAUUUAAUAGGCAAAUGGCUAAAAAUAACCCUCCGGAAUUCCCAAAUGAUUUUAACAUUUCCUAUUAAAUCCUACAAUAAUUUGGUCCAAUGUCCUCCAAAAAUCUGCCAAAUAGUGAUAAAAUUCAUCACUCCACCAAUCAUAAUAUUGACAGAAGAGAUAAUGAAACUGGGUUCAACAACUUGGAAGAGAGACCGACCACAUCAAUUGCAGGUUCCAAGAGAAAGACUACUGCUGCGAGACGAUAUUCUAAUUCUCCGGAUACAAGUCUUAUCAUCCAUCAUACUCCGGACGGACUUUCGGAAACGGAAUCCCCGGAUAAUAAUAUCCAAGAUACUCCGGAAUAUCUAAUUAUAUCAUCUGAUGAGAGCGUGGUCUGCGAAAAGGAGAUUAAAAAUGCGAUUCCAAAAACGAAAUCUAAAACGAAAUGUAAGGAGAAAAGUAGGAAGUCACGGGAGUCAACUCCCAGUUUGUCAUCAUCUGAUGGAAAGAUUUCUUCCGACGAUAACACACCUCCAAAAAAUCGGAAUAAAAAAUCUGCAUCUCAUAAACCGAGGAAAACUGGUGAUCGGGUUAACGAUGCCGAUGAUUUUGCAACAGGUUCGAUUUCUCGAGCAAAAAGAAAAUUUAACACUUCCGAUCCUUUGACAUCAGAAGGAACCUCGUCCGGAAGAAAAAUACGAAAAGUUGAUGAUACCCUACCACCUGGACCCCGUCCACGACCUACAAGAUCAUUGUCGCCUCGAACCUUGUGUAGUGUGGCUCCAACAAGUGACUGCGCGUCAUUGAGUCGAAGAAUAGAAAAUCAUCUUGAACAAUCAUCAUCAAAAUCAAGACGAUCAUUGGCCCGAGCAUUAUUAGAAAAAAUACAACCAAGUAAACCCAGAAAACCGAAUACAGGGAAGACGCCAACUGAUAAAGAAGUGGAUGAAAGCACAACUACUUCUACUACUACUACUUCAGAUGAAGACCUUGACUCACCAGGAAGUAAGAAAAGUACAGAUAUUGAAGGGAUUGCAAAGUGUUCAGAUGAUGUUACUAAUUUUGCUAGCAUCCUUCUCCUCAAGAUAAAUGAGAAGUUGGAUCAACUGAAGGAAAAGCAAAAAAGUAAAAAGAAGAAGAAAAUUGAGAAGAGUCGUCAUAAGAUCGGGACAGAGAAAGGUUCGGAUGAGAUAGUUUGUUUAGAUGAAACUGCCGAAGAUUCAGGGCAGAAACCCAGAGAAUCAAGACAGAAACCUAGAGAAUCAGGGGACAAACCUGGAGAAUCAGGGGACAAACCUGGAGAAUCAGGGCAGAAAACUGGAGAAUCUGCGCAGAAACCCGGAGAAUCAGGGCAGAAACCUGAAGAAUCGGGACAAAAACCUAGCGAAUUAGGGCAGAAACCCGGAGGAUCGGGGGAGAAAACCGAAGAAUCAAGUAAAUCUUGUUCAGGUGCUUCAUUGAUUUACACCUCAUACUCCCUGUUACAGAAAAAACACGUCUCCGAACCUAUAGUAGAAGAAAGUUCGUCUUUAGUAAGUUUUAAAAUCAUGAAAUCUGCUGCGACCAGUAAAAGAUCACAACAGUCUCCUCUUAAUGCUCACGGAACGGAUGGUGAGAAAUUAUGCCGCAGCCCAAAAUUUAAAACUUAUCAUCGCAGAACCUCUAGAUCUAGAUCAUCUUCUCGUCAUUCCCCCAGAUCCAGUCCUGCCUCUCGAAAAUCCACCAGGCCCAGUCCAGUCCCUCGUGAAUCUCCUAGAUCCAGUUCAGCCCCUCAUAAAUCCCCUAGAUCUAGUCCAGCCCCUCGUAAAUCUCCUAGUUCGAGUCCAGCCCCUCGAAGGUCCCGUAAAUUUAGUCCAGCCCUUCGAAAAUCCCGUAGAACUAGUGCAGCCAAACGUAAAUCCUCUAGACCAAGUCCAGCCUCCCGUCAAAAUCCCAAAACUGAUUUGAGGUCGCGGAUUUCUUCGAGCGGACAACGGUCCCGAAGAUCAAGAUCAAGAUCAAAAUCAAGGCGACGCCCCAGAUCCAGAUCAUUAAUUCGCCGAAGAUCAAGAUCUAGUCCUUAUCGAGAUCGGCCAAGAAAGAACGCUGAACCCUCGCCAAAAUCUAGGGAUCAAAGGCAAACAUGCUACAGUGAAUGGUAUUCGAUUCUGAACGCACCACUGCAAUCUAAUCCAACAAUUCAGACCCAAAAUCCUGGCAACCCCUCCCUGCUUUCAAAUCAAGUUUAUCCUUCUCCUAGUUUUCCUGAUAAUCAAACUGUGCCACCUCCGAACCACCUCACUGUGCCACCUCCGAGCCACCUCACUGUGCCACCUCCGAACCACCUCACUGUGCCACCUCCGAGCCAUCUCACCUUGCCACCUCCGAGCCAUCAAACCAUUCCACCUCUAAGCCAUCAAACCAUUCCACCUCUAAGCCAUCAAACCAUUCCACCUCUAAGCCAUCAAACCAUUCCACCUCUAAGCCAUCAAACCGUUCCACAUCUGAGCAGUAUACUGGUUCAAGAACCACAAUCGAGCUGGAUUCAAUCUGAGCAGAUAUGUGGUUCAACAGUUUUCCCUGCACAAUCCAGUUUCUCAACCAGUACACUUCCUAUUCUCCUCCAAACAGAUCUCAGCCAGUCUCACCUAGAAGCUGAAUCUUUUCCAACAGCUUAUCCCGAGUAUUCAGAUGUUAAUCCGUCUCUAUAUGACAACCAAGUCAUGUAUCCUAUUAAAAGUCUGAGUACCCCUAUCCCGGAAUCAACUUUAUCGGAAACAUCUCUGGUUGAUAGUUUCUCCCAGCAACGGACUAAAAUACGUUUAAACCUGGUUAACUCUGAUUUAUAUGGUAAAACAUUUCCUUCUGAGCAGGACACAUUGCCUGUUACUGAAAGAGAGUCUACCACUCCACUAUUGGACGAAAACAUUCCAGAAAAGUUUCAGAUCUUGGGUGAAGAUGAAAAUGGCGAUGAAAACAAUAUUGAAUCAGAACCUGUUAAGGAGAAUUCAAGUUCAACAAUUGUUCACAAAGACUCGGGAAACAAAGCUGGCGAUGACCAGGAAAAUAAAGAUGUUUUCGAAGAUCUUGAUUACAUCCCAAUGUAUUCAAACAAAGUCACAAUAUUCUUUACUUCUGAAUCCAUGGCAAAGUAUAUUUUCAAAAUUAUUACGAAAAUACCGUCCAAAACACAAAUAGUAGAGAACAAAACCAGAUUAAGCUAUAAAAUAUUUGUUGCCAAGUUUGCUGAAGCAUUUUAUGCAUUCACAGCUUUUGAGAUCAUAAAGCAUCUCAACAUUGAAAAUGAAGCAGAAAGAAUAAUUUGGAGCCAUGUGGAUGGAGAUAAAUCCAGGGUAAAUAAAUCAGGUUUUAAUUUCUGGUCAAUAGGUCUCCUUACACUAGACGAAUAUUCAGCUACGGAGGGAUUACAGAGAAUUCCGCUCAAGAUCUCUAUGACUCACAAGGAUGAGAUUUUCGACGGAGCUGUUCUACCCUCCCAUUUGGAUACACAUACCCUAAGACAAGCUGGUUUAGAAGUAGAGGAUUUUGUUGCACAUCACAAUGGUAAAAUCAUCAUUGAUAGUGUAAAUGCUAAACCCAUCUCUGUAAUCAAGAAUCUUGUGAGUAGUUUUUCUAAACGAUGUAAGGAUAAUAUUCUCGUUUUUAAAAACUGGGACGAGGCCAGAGUGUUUCAGAAGCUUGUCGAGGGUUGUAAUAUGGAAAGAAAAGUGGAAGUUUAUGUCUCUCAUAUCGGAGUUAUGGAAAACCAUCGGCUUGGCUUGAACCUAGCUUGUAAGAUGCCUGAUUUUCUGUUGGAUAUAGCGGAUUGCUUAGAGGAAGAAAGUAAGCAUAUAAUUGAACAUAUAUGGUCACCAAAAUAUACAAUAGAUAAAACUAUAAAGAGUCAGUUUAUUUUGAAGGAAUAUAUCAAUAAUGUUUCAAGAGAGGAGGAUUUUCUUGAGCUGAAUUGUUUAAAAAUUGAAACUCGGAAUAUGAUCUCUAUUCUCCCUGUUCUCCCUGGACACAUCUGCUUCUUGAACAUCAGGUACAUGGAGGUCAAUGGCGAGUACUACCUAGCUGCCGUGGAUGCGUGUUUAUCAAACAAUUUUGGAACUAAUCAUAAUUUGUUUCUGCCCGUUCAGAUACCAGGUGUAGAUCCAUCAAUAGUAUUCGGGGAAAAGUACAAGAAAAAUAAGAAUAUAUGCAUUCAUGCAGAGAGGUCUUUUCAGGUUGUGCCUGAAGAAACCGCGCUUAGAAUUCUGUUCAGUUUUGUUCAUGACUUGAGCACAAAUGGUUGUUCUCUUGUUCUCUUCAACUCCUAUCUAUCUCUACCUCCUCUGCUCUCUGCUCUGGACAGACAUGAUCUCACUAAAUCCUUCUACACAACCUUUACAGCACUUCUUCAAGUUGUGGACUUGGUGAAGAAACAAAUAUAUCAUUUCCCAAGUAUUGAAGAUAUUCAAGAGAAAGAGUCUAAUUCCGAUUUGAGCACCAUUAUUGAAUUAUGCACAUCUCACAAAGAGAAGCUUAGUAACUUCGCCAAACCUAUGACUGUGGUCAAGUUCUGUAAGGAGAAGCCUCAAGCCUUUCAGGUUCGAACUAUUAGAUCUAGUUUUGAGGUUGCUGCUUAUUCGAAGAAGCCAUUGGCUUGUCAAAUUCAUUUUGGCUGUAUCCCUCCUCUGCGUUUAGUCGGAUUUUGUCUGAUUCCAGUGUUCAAUAUUUCUAGUGAUAUGAAUGUUCAAUUUGAGCAGCAUCCUGUACUUCUGGAACAUGUUACAAUUAUCUUUGAGAACUGUUCAAACCUUGAAACUGAAGUGAAGUUUACCAAUGGAGUGAUCGGGAUUCUUCAGCUGCCACCAGAUAGGAUUGGAAUACCCCGGAGCAUUCCCCAUCUUCAGGUUCAGGGCGGUAUUUUCAGCUCAACUGCUGGGAUCGUUCUAGGACUGGAGAGGAAACCUACUGACAAGCAGGAUGAUAUUGUAAGUAGUAUAUCUAGAGACAGAUUGAACUUGAAUGAGAAGUUAGGAAAUUCUAUCGAGGGAGUAUUCCAGGAGGAAGUUAAUAGGAUUCACAAUGCUCAGAGCACAGGCCCUGAUGAAACUCUCAAUGAUGAUAACAGGCAGACCGUGACUAAGGAUUUCCCAAGAAAUAAGGAAUUAUCCUUGUAUAAAUUAGAACAAAUACCCUUAACUAUACCACAAAAGAUUUCCUCUGCUUCCUCCUUUGCACCACAGGCACAGGAAACAACCCCACUAAUGAUACAACAACAAGCCCUCUUGACUACAUUAGAAAAAGUGCCUCAAACACAAAAAAGACUUGCACCCAGAUUACAAGCUUCUGUUGUUUUACCACAACCGGAUACGGUUAGUAGAGCUCCCGUUCCUGCUGUUAGGAUAGAGAACAGUUCUGUUUUCAAGUUUGAUGGGACGAAGUACGAUGAUGUGAUCCUGGCAACAUUUGAAUAUCACGGUGGUUGGUUUAUGCAAGUUUUGUUCCGGUCUCUGGUUCUUGGUAAACCUGAGUUAAGACUAGGAGUUCGUCCCAACUUAAUUCUCUGUGAAACUUGUCAAUCCAAUACUGCUCUUCACUCAACAAUGCAAUGUCCAGCUUUGGAAUCUUGUUCCUGUCCCUACAAACCCCCACAUACCCGGAGAAGUUGUAAGAACCCCAUCUGUUGGAUUUGUAAGGAAGCUCAUCCUUGGCGUUCCUGUCCUAACCCAAUCCUGGAUGGUUUAAUGAAGCUAAAAAGUAAGAAAGGAUACAGAUUCUUGAAUGACAUGGUUUUAUACCAAUCAUCUACGGACGUGUCCCCUCUACUGUGUGAAACUAAAUCUAAAGUUCUCCAUAUACUGGGACAGCACUGGUCUGGUUCAAGGAAUAUCUUGGUUGGAAGAAAUAUUCACACUCUUCUCAAACUGUUUGUGAGUAAAGAGACGGAUAAUACUCAUCUUAUAUCUGGAGCAGUGGAUCUUGCCUGGUUAUUAACAGAUCAACAGAAAGAUACUGAUCCCGCAAUUCUUCUUCACAUUCCACAUGAGGUUUUUCACGACCUUCAUCUCCGUUCUGUCAGGUUGGAGAACUUGUUCUCUCCGAAGGGGGUUGAUCUUACAGAACAUAUAGCUCCGGUUAACUCUAUCGAGGAUAUUCAUAGAAUCAAGACUAGGUCUAAAAACGUAAAAAAUUCCAAACAAAGCUCCAAUUUAGAAAUUAACUCCAGCAAUGAGAUGAAUAUACAAUCCCCUUUGGACAAACAGAAGAACUCAAAUUACAAAAUUAUGUCGUCAAACCUAAAUAUUGAAUUGAAUUCAACAGAGCAAGCUGAAAACCGGAUGGAGUUGAAUCCAACAGAGAAAGCUGAAAACCUGACCGAGUAUCCAGAUCCGUCCUCUCCUCCAUACAUUGUAUCAAGUUCUUCAGAGGACGAAGAUAUCGUUGUUCUAACAACAUCAAAAUCUGCUUACGUCCCUUCGGAGAAUCGAAUUCAUCCUCUAGAGAAAUCUGUUUUCUCUUCAGUCAACAGGGGUUCCUCUCCAGAUAUAAUAAUUUACCCCCAGAAAGAGUGGUUUUCGUUUCCGGACAAAACAGAUGAGUUGGAGAACAUCCAGGUUUCCGCCGAGCCUGAAUACAGUGAGUCGAGUCCCAAGUAUAAGGUUAAUAAUGACUCCGAUAUUGAGAUUCAAUCUAAUGAGUUUGAUUCGUCAAGGUUCCGCUGUCUAAUGCUCUAUCCAAACUUUGAGAAUUUUGUCCGUGCCUAUUUUGAAAUGAAGAACGGUGAUAUUUGCAGUGAACGGUGUGAUAAUAUUAUCUGUCAUCUCGCCUCCGCGAUGGAAUUGGAUUCGAUAAAUCCGUUGCUGAACAUGAUUAGGGAUAACUACGAUGAAACCCGUGGGUUAAAGGACUGGGCUCUCAUUUUUCAGGACGAUUAUCAGAUGUUCUCCGAUGACUUUAUCCCCACUGAGCUGGUGGUUAAUAUCCUACUCUGGAUAUAUACAACACAAUCCCCAGGGGAGACAGGAGCUUCAUCACCAGGUUCAACAGCUCAACCAACCUCCAACACUAAAUCUGUCAGAGAACCAGACUCUAACUACAAAUUUGAAUCUGAAAAGAGAUCAGAAAUAUUCUCAAGGUCGGAUUUUGAAAUAAGAAUAGAAUCUGAUUCCAGGUCUAUAUCUGGAGUAAGAACCGUAUCUGACUUGAGAACUAAAUCCAGAAAGAGUAGAGAGAUUAGAGACCUGAGAUCUAAAAUUGGAAAGAGAACAGAAUAUCCGACCAGUUCCAACUCCGAAUCCAGGAGAAAUGAACCAAAUCACUACAGAUCUGAAUCUGGAAGAAGCGCGGGAAAGAAUUUAGAGAAUGAUAACAUAAGAAGUUCUGGAGCUGACUCCAGGUAUGCAUUGAUCAGCUCCACGUCAGGUCCAAGCUCCAGCUCCAGGCCUGUGUCCCGAAGAAGAUCAGGAUUACCUAAAUCUAAUCCAGUAAUAGAAGAUUGUUUAAUCGACGAAGAGAUUAUCUGUUUAGACUGAACAGUUUCGAUCAUAGUUUGUAAAUCAGUUGUGCCUUGCCUUGUUCGUUAUCAUUUGCUUCCAAACUUAACGAUGGUUGUGAGAAAAAUAGAAGACUGUGAAAUAUUAAAAUGUUUUGUAAAUGAACUUAUUAUUGAAUUGAAGAAAUAAUGAAAUUGUUUGUGUGACAAAAAGUACAUAUAAAUGUGAUGAACUUUUGAUUUUUUAAUGCGUUUAAUCAAAUGCCUAAUCUACGUAUUUAAGCUAAUUUUCAUAAUUUUUUAAAAUAAUUUUGUUUGCAUGCUUAUUAGCCGGAUAUUGAAUUUGAAUGUGAUAAUGUAAAGUAACAAGAUAUUGAAGAUUAUAUUUAUUUUCAGAAA